ACCAGCUGGCUGUGACGCGGCGGGCAGCAGCAGGUGUGGACGGUCUCCGGUUGUUUUGUCUUUUUGUUUUGGUGCGAUCGCUCGGGGCUCACAGGCUCACAUGCCUCUACGUUUGUCCACACCGAAGCGGGUCGUUAAUUGCGCGGGUUCGAGUCCCCUUCCCUGCGGUCCCCUGUCGAGAUGUCGUCCGCCGAACAGCUCAAUAAGUUUGAGAAACUGUCGUGGAGGCCCUUCAUCCGCGACUCAGGGUCCAAGAAGCGAGCACGGUGGCUUCAGGCUCGGCGCAUCUUCUCCCCUUCCUGCCCCAGCCUGCGGAUUCCCAACAGGUUCCUGAGAGAAGGACACUGCGUCCCCCCCGCCCGGAGCGGACACCGCUGUGUUGCGGACAGUGCCAACCUGUACGUGUUUGGAGGCUACAACCCAGACUUUGAGGAGGCCGGCGGGUCGGAGAACGAAGACUACCCUCUUUUCAGGGAGCUGUGGCGGUUUCAUUUCGCCACAGCCACCUGGCAGCAGGUCCGCACAGAGGGUUACAUGCCCACAGAGCUGGCCUCGAUGUCGGCUGUUUUACACGGUAACAACCUGCUUGUGUUUGGCGGCACUGGGAUCCCGUUUGGCGAAAACAACGGCAAUGAUGUCCAUGUUUGUAACGUUCAGUACAAACGAUGGAACCUGCUCAACUGCAAAGGGAAGAAACCCAACAAGAUCUACGGGCAGGCGAUGGUCAUCAUAAAUGGCUACCUCUACGUGUUUGGAGGGACAACAGGCUACCUUUACAGCACCGACCUGCACAGGCUGGACCUGAGCAGCAGAGAGUGGACCCACCUCAAACCCAACAACGCACCCUCAGAUCUGCCUGAGGAGAGGUACAGACAUGAACUAGCUCAUGACGGACAGAGAAUAUACAUUUUAGGAGGUGGCACUUCCUGGAUGUCGUAUCCGCUGGACAAGAUUCACGCAUAUAACUUGGAGACAAAUUACUGGGAGGAAAUCGUCACAAAACCUCAUGAAAGAAUAGGAUAUCCUGCCGCCCGCCGGUGUCACAGCUGUGUGCAGGUCAAAGACGAGGUGUUUAUAUGUGGGGGUUAUAAUGGAGAGCUGAUCCUAUCCGACCUGUGGAAGAUCAACCUGCAGACUUUUCAGUGGACCAAGCUGCCUGCUGUCAUGCCAGAACCAGCCUACUUUCACUGUGCUGCAGUCACUCCGGCUGGCUGUAUGUACGUCCACGGCGGUGUCGUGAACAUGUCCGGGAAUAGGAGGACUGGCUCUUUGUACAAAGUGUGGUUGGUGGUGCCCAGCCUGCUGGAACUCACAUGGGAGAAACUGCUGAAAACUUUCCCUCACGUAGCCCAACUGUCCACCCUUCAGCUGCUCAGCCUGGGAAUGACGCACACACUAAUUCAGCGGCUCAAAUAGACGGAAAGAUACGGAGACCGAAGGAUGUGGUACAGUAUGUGAAUCAACAUCACUGACUCUAAAAUCACUGUUACCUUUGCAAGAAAAAGCUGUUGAAACUACAAAGAAAAGUCUGAGGAUGUCGGAUGGUUAUGAAAUAACUUUGAAUGCCUUUUUGUCUUAUGUAAAUGUGUGUGCUUUUUUUUUUUUUUUUUUUUAAGACAAAUGCAUAGUGCAGUGUUUUUGCAUUUCUCUGUAUGUGAAUGUGUCAGAUUUCCACUUCCUGGUACUUGCUCUUGUCAUUUUGGGUCCACUAUGCAGUGCACUCCUCUUUUUUAUUUGUGUUUUCUUACCACACAUCACUGUCUUGUGCAGCACGAGGAAUGAAUUGUUUAAUCGUUCUUGACGCCACUUCUUGAAAGGAAAAAUGAAUGUUGCUUGUGCUAGUGUAAUUGUAGCUUCAGACAGGCUGAGAUCAGUUUGUUCCACACUGCUGCCAUCUUUGACACAUGUUCACUCAGCUGCUGCUACACCCACUGUGACACAGGAUAGAUAAGAAAUGCUGACGUAAACUUAACUUUUCAUCUAGACAUCUCUCUGUAAAGAGGCACACUGCUGAUGAAGACGAACACGUUGUAACUGUGAUAUCUCUUAACUGUCUUAAUUAGGUCAAUUAUUUAAGGAAUCAUGUUUUUUGCCUCAAGGACUUUCCGACUGCAUGCUGAUACGGAGCUGUGAUUACAACUCUACCAGUCAAAUUAGAAAGAAAAUGUUCCCUUCACUGGUCACAUUAGGCCUUGUGAUCAGAUCUUUCAAACAUCUGAGACAUGGCGUCACUGUGAAUCUUUUUGUGCCUCUUUUUAAUUAAUUUAUACACCCGUAGCUCCACAGUGAUUCUCAAGCCUUUUUAUUUCUUCAUUUGGUGCCUUCUGAAUGUCCAAACUGUCACACGCAUAUUGCACAUUAUAUAAAUUAGUCUUUAAGGUUUUUAUUUGGUUAUUGCUCUCCGAACUGUGUACGUGUAACCCCUGGUGCUUUCCACUUGAACCUUUUGUUACAGAACCUUUCUGCUCAUGUUUAAUCAGGAGAUGCCGCUUGCAGCUGAAGAUCUGUCCACCCCACCCCUACCUAUUUAUUUUAAUCACUGUGCUGCUGUUUUCAUUUCAUUACAAAACUUUGAAUUGUUGCAGAACGUGUUGCUACAGCUUUCUUUUUUCACCUGCGUUAAUUGUUCCCACUUGAAGCCUAAACUCCAUUUUAACCUUUUUAUACUGUAACAUAGACUGCAAUAUUAUUAUUAUUAUUAUUUUAACUAUUUUUCUUGUUUUUCUAGAGAAAGUAGUGCUGUAGUACAUGGUGUAAGUGGCAUGGGAAUUGUGUAACAAGGUAGAGUAUGUAAGGCAUACUCAGGAUGUUAAAUACUGUGAUCAGACUCUGUUGAGCUCUAUCAUUCGCCAAAAUCUCACUUUUGUGAAACCCGACAACCCGACUUGGAUGAAAACAAACCCUUUGCCGUUACAGUGGACUAUAAAUCUAAAAUCCUGUGGUAAUUCUCCCAGCUGCUUGUAUCGAGUCACACGUUUGCUUGUGUUUUUUGUCAACCUCUAUAUCUUGAAUUUGAAUAUCGAGUAUCUGCAGAAAUUUCUUUUUUUUACAUGUUCACUGUAAACUAAUAUUAAGCUAAUUCAUCUAAAACUUCUUGUAUCAUAAUGCCCAUCUUCACAGUCAAAACUCCACUUCAGUAACUUAUGUUUGACAUGUUCUGGCCUUAUUUAUAUCUCAUUGUGAAGCAACAGUCUGCUUCAGUAUGUGCUCGGACUCUGUAAAUGUACGGCCUUGCUUAAGAUUGAGAUGUUUUAUAUUUGCAUCAUUUUUGAUGUUAAAAUGAUCUCUUUUGCAUGUCGGUAUGGUGUGCAUGUCACUUUACAUCUUCUUUUGGGAGAAAAGGUGAAUGUCUCCUCAAAGGCAAUUAUGGCUGUAAUGUACAUUAUGUUUUGUAAUUCCUGUCUGUACAAACAAUAAAAACACAGGCAGCCAGUUUUUUCAAAA